AUUUAACCGUAGUUGACGAAUCCAGGAUAAACCAACGAACUGCAAGGAACUUCGUUCAGUAGUGAAUGUGAAGUGUUGUGAGAACUUUCUUAUUCAUCGUUGUUUUUCUUAGAUCUUUCAAUCUUUCUCUAAGAAUUUUUUUCUUGUCAAUCGUCUGUGUAUUUCUAAUUUAAUACUUGUGCGGCGUGCUAAUUUAGAAAAAGGAGAAAUUUGCAUUCUUCGUUACCAAGCAAUAGCGACAGAGUAUUCUAAGAUCUACGAUGCAGUAUUUUGUGUAUUUUUAACCUGACAAUGAACGAGGAUAGCAUGCCACAACGGGGUCCCGAUCCGCUCGAGAUUGCCCAUGGUGUUUGCACAAACGAGAAUGAUAUUCUACCCGUUGAGGAACACGAACUAAUUGACGUUUCUGCUUUCAAUUUCGACGAUGAAGAAAGAUGGUUGUAUGUCUCCAGUCAGCAUUCGGGCGAUUCGGCAAUACAGGAUUUACGCGCAUGGUUGAGAGGUGAAUUUGAUCAGGAUUCAAUAGAGUCUGAUACAGCUGCCAAACCUUCAAUCGACACAAGAACUUUUACCAGGCCAAAGAAACGUAGUAGUAGGAUGAGCUUUGAGUCAAUAAUGGAAACUCUUAGAUCAACACCCACAAGUUUAUGGAAAUUGCCAAAUUCAUACCACGACCUACAGAUGAAUCAGAAUCCAAUUGUGCCACCCAGAAGGGAAACAAUUCCUGCAAUGUUAAGACUGAACUCUGCGUUCACAAAUAGUGUAUUGCCGGAGAAUAGUGCAGGACAGGAAAGUCUCGAGGCUUUUUUAGAUAAGUCUCAAUCGAAAGGAAUUGAUUCAUUUAUCAAUAUGACGGAGCCGGAGUUCAGUGAUGAACUGAUGAGCAUAUCACAACCCUCUGACAUGAAUUCAUCCAUUCUGUCAGUUGCUCAAACCGAUAAAGACUUCAGUAGUCUGGAAGAUUCGCAAAUUCUAACUGAAUCAAUGAUGAAAACCAGCAUGUUCGAGGCAAGUAAUUUCGGAAAGUUCGAGGACACGUUCCUGACAAACAAGAGCGUCGACUGCGAUAAGACGUUGUGCAACAAGAUAAAACAUGAUCCUAUGAAAAAAAUUAUGAACGCAACUUUCGAUGCUCAUUCUGAAAAUCCUGUAUUAUCUAUAUCAAAAAAUUCUCUACCACUAAGGUUAGAAAAAUUUGAUCUGAAUUGUACAUCUUCUACCAUUGUUGAAAACCAGCCACUGAACACAUCAAGUGACGUAUAUAAAACAUAUGACAUCAGAAAGGAGAGAGGCAAGAGCAUAGGUGGUUUCAAUGAUUCCUACAGGACUUACAGUGUCAAGGACAAGAGUCAGAAUCGGAGAGACAUUAGAGGAUCAAACUAUUUGAAUGAUACUUAUCGUGCCAGGGACUUGGAUGAUUCGCAUUUUAUGAAUGGUUUGAGUGAUCAGUUUCAAGAUUUGAACAUUAUGAAUAAUACUUAUAUUGGGAGGGAUGUACCGGAGGAAACAUCCCGCGCAAAUAGAAUGAUAAAUUGCUUGAGUGAUCGUUAUCAGGCGUCAAAUUUAUCACUGAUAAAUCAAAAUCGUGAUUUGAACAGUCAUAAUGAUACGUUCCGGGAUCCCAAAUGCUUGAAUGAUACUUAUUGUGAAAGAAAUUCUUUAUCAGAAAGGUCUCAGGUGUCUGGAGUGCCAAAUUGCUUAAACGAUACUUAUCAGGCCCAGAAUGUACAGGUAAAAGGUCCGUUGCGGGGGUUCAACGAUUCACACGACGAAAUUCAUCAGGAGUCGACCUGCCUGAACGACACGUAUCGCACCGAGAGUUUACGUACCGAACCUUCUCAGGCGCUGAGAGUCACAAACCGCUUAAAUGACACUUACAAGGAUUGGAACUCUCCUAAAAGGAAAGAGACCGUACCGGGGAGAAAAUCUUUAAGCACAUUAAAUGACACUUAUUCUAAUUCUAAUGCCAUGGCUGAUGGAAAUAGGGGUAUGCUUUCAAAAUGUUUGAACAAUACUUAUCGCGCGGAAACGCAAGAUUUUCAAGAAUUGGAAAAUGAUUUGAGUCAUGUAGUUGACGAAAAUAGGGCUUUAAAUAAUUUACCUAAACAACAGAUUAUGGAGCAUUUAGAAUUUACCCCGGAGAAUCUGAUGAACGCGACAUUCAAUGGGCCAAUGUCUCUUCGAAGAGAAUUACUGGAGGAGGUUCAGAGGAGUUCUGCAAAGACUUCCGAACAUAUUCCGAAUAGAUUUAAUACAUAUCGAAAGAGUCCAUCUCGCACGCAGAAAUCACCAAAUUCAGGAAGCACCAACUUACUGGUGGAAAGUGAAAAAUUGGAAAAUCUCGUAGUCGAGGAUACUCUGAGCUGUGAUACCGUAGGCACUCGCAAAUUGUCUACUGAAGAAAAUGUCUUUAAAGUUCCUCAAGAAGAGCCAAAGAUAUCGAAAAUAACGAAUCAGAGUGCUAAGACAUCCGCUACUCUCGACACAAUGAGCAAUGAAGGAAAACAGCAAAUGAAUUCCUUGUUCGCUAAGUCGAGCAGGAAACUACGAUCGCCCAGAGUCUUGUCGAAACUUCCACAGUUCCUGCAGAAGUCGAAUCCCAAUUUGAAAUCAUUGCCGAUGACGAAGACGCACAGUGGGCUUACCUACGUUAAGGGUUCACAACCGAAUCUCGCUUUCCCAAUGGGCAGGACGAAGAGUGGCUCCGAACAGAGACUCAUGGACGUUACGAGAACCACGGACGAUUUCCUAAAGAAGGCUGCAGGAUCUACCGAGAGCAUCGAGAGUACUCAGAGUGCUCAUAGCGCACCGGAUUUGGAUGAUCGCUUGAGUGUAUGUUCAGAUAGCAGUCAUAAUUCCUAUAGUGUUCGUGGGAUGAACAUCGAGCAACUUCAAAACAUAGCCCGUAUGCAGGAAGAAAGUCUCAAACAAAUUUCAACGCCGAAACUGAAUAAACGUAUUUUGGAAAAUGCCUGGAUUGCUCCAGGUAAAGAUAAGAACCUUCCAUCACCGAUAAGAAAGAUCUCAACCGAAAGAAUGGUCGGCGAAAAUAUAUCACCUGAUAAUAUGGGUUUAACUCCAAAAACAAGCUCGCCAAUUUACAGUCCAGAAGGUUCUAGUCAAUCGCUGCAUACGGCCGGCAUCCAGCUCAACAAUCAAACCUGCAUAAUUCCAAGCCAUAAUAUUGAUGAGGCGUCAAACAAAAAAGUCGAGGUACCGCAACCUCCAAAAACCACAGUACCAGCAGAGAGUAAAUCACGAUUACGUCAGCCGACAAACUGGUCGUCAUCGAGUCGGCCAACUGGAAUCCCAAGACCAACGAUGCGGCUAGUCACGCGACCAGUUACCAAAACUAAUCUGGACUUGAGGAAGGGAUUCUGAGAAGAGGAAAAACGAAGGAUAUGGAUAAACGAAGAAGUAGAAGGAAAAUCGCAAGGUAGGAGAGAACCACAGGCGAUAAGGACUCCUUAAGACGAAUUGUAAAUAUUUUAAUUAGUCUCUAGCGAGAAUUAAGAACAAGGAAAAAUAAUCAUUCAAGGGACUCUCAUUGAGAAGUCCCGCUAAACACGAAAUGAUGAAAAGUGAUACAUUGCGUGGAGGGAUAAAAGAACGCAGGUAAAUUCAGUAUUAAGGAGCUUCCCUUACAA